GUGCGAUAUGUAGACAAAACAUACCGCUGAUUAGCAACGUCAAGGCAAAUCCUACCUCAUAUUGGCAAUAGUGAUUAUAGUAUUCACAAGGAGACAAAAUCUACCUAUGAUUAGCAAUGUUUGUACAAAAAGUAUCAGCCAUUAGCGACAACCAAUGAGAGAUCUUAAUUUAUAGCCUAUUGCUAAUCAAUGGUAAAUUCUGCCUAAAUACGAACGGUCGCGAACGUGUACAUUGCUUAAGUUAUUUGGAACGUAUCCUUAAGUCCCGUUUUGACAUUUUUUUUUUCUAACCUUCAAAAUAUGGUUCAUUUUUAUUACAGAAUUUGUUUAUUUUUUCUGGGGAUGACGUUGGGGAUAAUCAUUAAAAAAUCCAAUAUGUUUGAUGAAAAAGCUGUACCAAUCCACUCCUAUGAUGUUUGGUUUAAAAACCAAGGAUUAUUAAGAAGAGCUGUUUCUUGGGAUAAUUUAAGAUAUGUGAAACAUAUGAACAAAUCUGUGAUAGAAUCGAACUUCCUAUUCAAAAAAGUAACUAUUUUAUGUAUAAUUUUAAUGAAGAACGACAAAUAUUUUAAAUCAAUUAAAGAAACUUGGGCAAAUGGAUGCAACACAAUUCAAUUUAUAGAUAUUAGAAAGAAAAAAGUGAUACCUAUAAAAAGGAAUAAUAAAAACUCUUCGUGGGUAAAGCUGUGCCUAUAUUUACAAGAUGUAGGUAAUUAUGACUGGCUGUUAAUUACAAGUGAUCUUACUUUUGUGAUAAUGGAAAAUCUUAGAUAUUUUUUAGCACCAUUUAAUCCAGAACAGAAACAUUAUCUAGGACAUCCUGUUGAAUUUUGGAAAACAAAGUAUAAUUCUGUUCAUAGCGGAAUUGUGAUUAGCAAAGGAACUGUUAGUGCGUUUAAAAAUGCUAUCAAAGAUUCUGAUUGUUUAUUUUCUUCCUAUUGGAACAGAGAAGAUUAUUAUCUUGGCAAAACAUUAGCAAGCCUCAAUAUUACUCCUGUUGAUAAUAAAGAUGUGAAUGGAUAUUCAGUAUUUUAUCCAGGCAAUCUAAAUAAUUUGAUUUUUCAUGGUGACAGUGGUGAUAAGUCAGAUGUAUUUCCCAUCAAAUGUUGUAGUAGAUAUACCAUAUCGUUUCAAGCACUAGAUGGUGAUAAAAUGUAUACUUAUUACUAUUUGCUCUACACUUUACAGCUUUUCACUGAAGGGCAUUUUGGGAAUACACCUCAAGUACAUGAAAAUGAUGAUGAGGUAUGGAAGACUUUCUUGAAACAAAGAAAUGUUACAAGAGAUUACGUUACAAGUGCUGAAUAUUACAAAUUGUGGGUAGAUCUAAUUGAUGACCCUAUAUCAUUUGCUGCAAAAAUGAAAAGAGAAACAGUAGAUGAUACUUGAUAAGAUAAAAGUAACAAAUAUUAUUUCAAAAAUUUGGAUAUUGAAAUCAAAAUAUUUUAGUGAAAACAUAAAAUGAAUAAGUCGGUAGGUAACUGUUGUACAAGGGCUGCUAUUUACUUUGGUAACAUAAUAAAAAAAUAAAGAUUUAUAGUGUGAACAAAAUGUUUCAAUAUAUUCUAUAUGCAUCUUCAUUAAAUUUUUCAAAUUACUAGUUAAGACUGGUUGGGAUAUCAAAAUAAGGACCUUAAAAAUAUAUCGAUAUCUGGAAAUACUUAUUGUUACCAAUGGUAUAAAUAUUAAUAGCAAUCCUCAUAUGUGUUCAAUUUAUUGCCAAAACAUUCAUUUAUUGUUAAUUUGAACUCUUUUUUUUUAUACUGAGGAUUCCAUGAAACCUCUAAAAAUUUUGGUGAUUGUGUUAACAAAACUAGCUCAUACCUAUUUAUGAAAGUUUUAAUGAAACUAAAGAUCGUGUUUUUACAAUUUGUGUAGUUUUAAUUUGAUAUAUUUGUAUUUUUGUUAAUAUAUAUACCAUUGUAUGAA